AUGAAUGACAAUGGAUCAUGUACAGUAGGGUUUGUGAUAGGCAAGGCUAAGCUUGCUCCACUGUCUGCUCACACUGUACCUCGAUUAGAGCUUGGAGCAGCAGUCCUGGCAGUAGAAGUGGCAGAACUCAUUCAAGGAAAGGAAAUCCAAAAAAAAAGUGGACUGAGAACUCUGAACCCCUUCAUUGACCGAGAUGGGCUUCUGAGAGUAGGUGGCAGACUCAAGCAUGCUCCUAUAGAACAAGGAGAAAAGCAUCCUGUUAUCAUUCCUGGGAAAAGCCACAUAGCCCUUCUCAUCACUAGACACUUUCAUGAACGGGUCAAACACCAAGGUCGCCUUUUUACAGAAGGUGCAAUCAGAAAUGCAGGAUUCUGGAUCGUCGGGGCGAGAAAACGCAUUCAUAGUGUGAUCCAUAAAUGCAUCAUCCGUCAGAAACUCAGAGGAAGAAUUGUUGAACAGAAAAUGGCAGAUCUUCCUCCUGAUCGACUAGCUACUGAUCCACCUUUCACUUAUGUCGGCCUUGACGUCUUUGGGCCCUGGAUGGUCGCCUCUCGCCGUACUCGAGGGGUCCAGCAAAACAAAUCAGAUCAGACUGUGGCACAAAAUUUCAAGGGUGCUUGUAAGGAGCUGGGAAUGCUUGCAGAGGAGCUUAGUUUUAGGAGCUACUUGAAUGAGGAAGGAUGUCGUUGGAUCUUUAAUCCCCCUCAUGCAUCCCAUAUGGGAGGAGCUUGGGAGCGACUUAUCGGAGUUGCACGUCGCAUAUUAGACUCCAUGCUGCUUCAAAAUAGUCACUCUCAUCUCACUCAUGAAAUGCUGGCUACAUUCUUGGCAGAAGUUUCUGCAAUUAUGAACUCAAGACCUCUCGCACCGAUCUCAAGUGACCCAAAUUCACCCGCCCUGUUGACUCCAGCCACUCUUUUGACUCAGAAAGUUGGUGUCUUGUCUCCUCCUCCAGGGGACUUUGAAAAGGAUUUUUGCCGCCAGAAAUGGAAGCAAGUUCAACAACUUGCCAGCACCUUCUGGGAAAGGUGGCGACGUGAGUACCUAGUCAAUCUUCAAAGUCGCCGCAAAUGGCACACGAACCAGCCUAACAUCAGGGAAGGAGAUAUUGUACUUAUGAAGGAGGCUCAAGUUAAGAGAAAUGACUGGCCGAUGGCUCUAGUCACUAAGGUCUUCCCAGGCGAAGAUGAAAAGGUCAGGAAAAUUGAAAUCAAGGUCACCAAGGAUGGAAGUGUAAAACUUAUCUGA